AUGUCAACGCCCCACAAGAACGACUUUUCGCUGGCGCGUCAAAAGCAUCACCUUCACCAAUCUCCAUUUGGCCACGCUCGCGAGUCUAACUACGACCUUGAUCUAGACGCCUUCCCGUCAUCCAAACAGAAUGGCACGCGUUCUCGACACGCCUUUCGCACCGGCACUCUAGCUGGCGCAUAUCGAGCUGCAUCGCACGCAAGCAUGUCCGAUGACGGCGCGCCACUUGGUUCGACCCCCAGUCCUCGACGUACCCGCGAGCCGUUUGUUGCGCGCUCCCCGUUAUCUGAGACCUCGAACCCGCCCGAGGAACUGGCGGAUGUCUACCGAAGAAUCGAGGAGGAUGGAACGAUAGCUGAUUACGUUGCGUAUGACGAUUGGGAUGCUGCCCUCGCAGCCCGUUCGACAAAUCGCCUCAACCGAUCGUCCUCGAAGCCGAGAGAUCGAAGCCAGGGUCACGAUGCAGUGUCUCGUGAUGGAUACACAUUCUCAGAUGCGGGUCUAGUUGAUGGCUCUGGAGAUUACCCACCACGUUCUGCGAGGAGGACCACCGAUUACACCAGGGACGAGCAGCGCCUACGACGUGUGACGGGCAAGGAUUCUCCAAUCUUCAGCAAAGCCAAGAGUGGAGCUCGCGCAGCUCUAACAGCGGAUAAUCUGCAGCGACGUGACGAACAGGUCAAGGGACAGGUGGAGCAAGAGCGUUUUGUGUCUGAGGAUGAUGGCGAGCGCGGUCCAUCUCUGAACCUUCCACGUACCUGGGGAAGUCGCGCCGCGCGACGACAGGACUGGACCAGAAACGUCAGCGGCAGCAGUGCUUCAGAGACACAAGAAAAAGAGAACCGUGCUCAUGCUCCAUGGUCGAGAUCGAAAGUAGAGGAGCCUGCUGUAUCCAAACUUACACCCGCUGAUGCUCCUGCGUCAAGUUCUCUUGGCCGGCCCGCCUUGAGGAAUCGAAAUGCUCUUGGGGAGCGCAACGUCAAUCCCCAUGUUGAGGAAGCACAAGAAGGUAAAAGUGAACGGACGUCCGGCUUAGACCAGACUGCAGCACCGGGCGACGGCGCCCCGAUUCCCAAUACACCCAUAGUGGUUUUCAAAAACUCCACAUUCACCAAACCGACCACCACAAAGCGAGAUUCACAAGAAUUGUUAAGGAGGCUCUCGAGGACUGAAAGUCCAAGGUUGGACUCGAUACAGACGCCGGAACCGCCGAAGUUGUUUGAAAGAAAGAUCUACGACAAGACGCCUAGAGUUACUGGUGCAUGGAUCGAUACUCCUAUGACUGAACAGGUGACUGAACGGGUGACUGAACUACCGAGCGAUCUGACCAAGGACAUUGUUCCUCCGCCGGCACCUCCAAAGGAGACCGAAGCCUCGACCCAGCAGACGAAGCCGCCUGUGAAACCAUCUGUGGAUAUCCAACCCAAACCUCAAGAACCAAGUCCAGAGCAAAACACAAAGCCGGAGUCUGUUCCCGACGCUCAGUCCGGUAAACUAUCAAGGCCGCCCGUGUUUCGGCCCAAACUGCCCAAGAGUGGCCUUGAAACAGUCAUGGAAGACGUCAAAUCCGGCAGAGAAAAUAUGGAUCUGGGAGAUGAUACCAUUGAAUAUCUAAACGCUAUAAUGGACGAUCAGACUGAACUAAAGGAAGAGGAGGAAGAAGCAGCAUACGAGCAAGAGUUAUUGGAAAGACUUCAGGAAGCCGAUAAGAACGUCUCGAAUUCAGUGGACCUGGACAGACUGCACGACAAGCUGUCAUCUUUGGCAAGAAACAUCACAGAGGUGAAGAAAGGACUCAACAGCCUGGAAAAGCAUGUUGUUCACGAGGCGGAUCUUGUCUCCCGGCCAAAUUCUCCGAAAGAUGGUCCGAAGGCACUUCACCAGGGCGGCAACUACUUUAUACCCUCUGAUGGUCGUCUUUACGCCGCCAUUCCGCUUCCCCGUUUGUGGAAGCGAAACCCCGUAUCCAGACAAAUCCAACUCACCAUGCUCGGUUGGUUCACCUUCGUGACACUGAGCUGGUAUGUCAUUGAAUGCUCCUUGUGCGAGGCAUACUCCCACCCCAUUUUCUCAGACACGUGCGACGGCUACUGCCUCCAGCCCGAUGCACCCACGUUUCCAUACGUGACCGUGACAAUGCUCUGGCGAUGGUCCCACUUGUCAACCUUGUUGGCACCCCUCAUCACCAUAGGCGUGGCUGUCUUUCGCCUUGUUGCGCAGCUGCUUGGUCUAUGGGAUGGGUAUGUGGACGAGCCUUCUCAGCUAAGCCUCGGCAAACUCAUGGGAGAGAUUCGCAUCAACGGCACUUCGGUCUCGUUCCCCUGGCUGUCGCCUCCCCAAGCGAAUAUCAUCGCACCUGCACCUGUAACCCCAUCACUCCCACCUCGGGAGCCGCAAGCGCCCGUGUGGACAUCAUGUAAUGAGGCUCCCGCCAGGUUUGAAGAGGAUCAGCCGUCGAUGGAUGAUGAUGAAUAUCUUUAG